CUUCCUGCUUACUGGAAGAUGUCAGCAGUUGGAAUAGUGUCCUCCUGUUCCUGUCUCCGUCCUAGUGUAUGGCUGCUGAAACCAGGAAUCCAGAAGGCAAGCUCCUUUGGCUUACAUACGGCAGCCAGGUAUGCUGCCAAGGAUUACUAUGAAGUACUUGUGUUGGGUGGAGGUGCUGGUGGAAUCGCCAUGAGUGCUCGUAUGAAGAGGAAAGUAGGGGCAGAAAAUGUGGCUGUUGUUGAACCAAGUAAGACUCAUUACUAUCAGCCACUGUGGACCCUGGUUGGUGGUGGUGCAAAGCAGCUAGCAACUUCUGCGCGUCCAACAGGAAGCGUAAUGCCGGCAGGUGUUGAGUGGAUCCAGUCUCGAGUUACAGCAUUAGAUCCAGAUAAGAACUGUGUCUAUGUGGAGAAUGGCAGCAAGAUAUCUUACAAGUACCUGAUAAUUGCCCUUGGGAUUAGUCUGCAUUAUGAAAAGAUCAAAGGCUUGCCUGAAGGUUUUCAUCACCCUAAAAUAGGUUCCAAUUAUUCACUGGAUACAGUAGAGAAAACAUGGAAAGCUGUACAAGAUUUUAAGGAGGGAAAUGCUAUCUUCACUUUUCCAAACACUCCAGUGAAGUGUGCAGGGGCUCCUCAGAAGAUCAUGUAUUUAUCAGAGGCCUACUGGAGGAAAACAGGAAAACGGUCCAAAGCAAACAUAAUGUUCAACACUUCACUUGGUGUCAUUUUUGGUGUUAAGAAGUAUGCUGAUGCAUUGCUUGAAAUAAUAAAGGAGAGGGACAUCACUGUUAACUAUAAACGCAAUCUCAUAGAAGUUCGAGCAGACAAGCAGGAAGCUGUGUUUGAAAACCUGGAGAAGCCUGGAGUGACUGAAGUUUAUCAGUAUGAAAUGCUUCAUGUCACACCCCCCAUGGGGCCACCUGAUGUACUUGUCAACAGUUGUGUCUCGGAUGAAGUUGGCUGGGUGGAUGUAGAUAAGGAAACUCUACAACAUAAAAAGUACCCUAAUGUGUUUGGCAUUGGAGACUGCACCAACCUUCCAACUUCCAAAACUGCUGCAGCCGUAGCUGCCCAGUCUGGAGUGCUUGACAGAACUAUUUCCCUGGUAAUGAAGAACCAGUUGCCAACUAAAAAGUACGAUGGAUAUACUUCCUGCCCGCUAGUAACAGGCUACAACAAGGUGAUUCUAGCAGAAUUUGACUACAACGCUCAGCCAUUGGAGACCUUUCCCCUUGACCAGAGUAAGGAGAGAGUAACCAUGUACCAUAUGAAAGCUGAUAUGAUGCCUUUUCUCUAUUGGAAUGCACUACUCAAGGGAUACUGGGGAGGACCAGCUCCUAUCAGGAAGCUUAUGCAUCUGGGCUUCAAGUAACUGCUGCCUGGUCAGUCCUUUUUCAAGGGCUGUUCUCACAGUGGAUCAGUACACAGCUUCCCUCUUGGGCCACCUCGUACUGUUUUCCUAAAUCAAGCUUUUGUCCUAAAGUCACUUCUUCCCUUACUAGGGGUUAAGCCUUCAUAUUCUUUCACUGCUUUUCUAAAUAAACCAAGGCCUUAAACUACUUCUCUACACAGACAGGAAUAUGAACUUGCCUCAAGCUACUGAGCACUACUGAAAUUGUCUGGAGACAUCAGUAAUUUUAAAGCUGUUGUAUAUCUAAGAUCUUUUCCAACUUUAAACUGAAUUGUCUGCAUUCAAGAUCAAUGUGUACACUGAAUUUAACAGAAUUUAAUGCUA